AUGAAUUGUCAUCAAAUUCUCAGUGGUGCUUGCAAUGCUGGCGAUCGUUGUUUUGCUGUUGGAUCCGUCGAAGGAGUUCCUUUCACAGCGUACGCGGCAGGAUGCAAUAUCGUGGUGCUAGCAAGCAACUUUGAGCGUGUCCAAAUUAUACCCGGAGCGGUGCACAAUUAUAUUCGCAUCUCGGCACUCGAUGCCAGUACAGACACCGGAAAGAUAGCGGCCGCUUACGAGGACAAGGUAUGCAUCUUCGAACCGACACCGCUAAUCCAUACAGAAAGGGCGUCAACUCACGGAUUGGAAUACAAAUGGGUCCAAACUGGAAGCUUGCAAGCAUCGUCGCAUAUCAGUUCGCUUUCGUGGAACCUCGAGGGAACACGAUUGCUGACCGGUGGGACGGUGCUUCAGCUGUGGCACGAACGUUUAUCCAAGCAGGAUGAUGAUGAACCAAGCUCGGUUAAAUUCGAAAUCGGAGGAGAACGCGAUCCGAAAACGCCUACCGGUGAAGAAGAAUCCGACAGCAGCUCAUGGGAUUGCGUAUGGAAAUGCCACACAGCAACACCCGUUCAUCAUAUGGCGUUUAGUCCCGAUGGUACAUUGUUCGCAACGUCUGGUAAAAGCGAUCGUUUGGUUAAAGUGUGGUACGAGAACAAAUACACCCUUUUCCCAAAUAAGAGCUUCGAUCAGUCCCAAUCGCAACAAAGCUUCGUUGGUGCGCCGGAAAUUAGUUAUGGAUUCGUUUACGUUGCUCACCCUCGCGCCGUCACGCAUCUGUCGUGGCGCAAGACGAGCAAGUAUAUGCCAAAGGGAUCUGUGUCUAACAUGCUGGUGACAUCUUGCCUGGACAACAUCUGUAGAAUUUGGGUAGAAACCGUGCUACCGGAAGAUGGGUUGGUGAACAUGAAUCAGUUCGAUCCGUUGGCAUCACAGAACCCAAAGUUUCGUACCCAUCGCCAUAAGCAUAGGUUCAUGCAACGUUUGAAGCACAUGAAAACAUGUUUCCAUAUUCGGCGGCACGCGAAACAUAGCGGCACAGCAGGAGCGAAUGGACUGAAUGGGAUGGGUCCCGGGUUCGGAGGACCUGGAGCCAGUUCAGGGUUUGGUAAUGCACCCAUUCCAACUCUACCAUCGACUUACAGUGUGCACGAUUUCCAUUCGUACGGAUAUCACGGUACUGGGAUGAGGUCUGGAUUGCACUUUCAUCUUGCUGCUUCGAUUAACGCCGAGACUGAUAUACCGUUGGUACCGUCAAUGCAUACGACCGACCCUUCAGCACAGCCCAACUUUAUACUGCAUUGGCUGAACAACAAAGAGAUGCACUUUACACUUCAAGCAGAAGGGAUAUUACAAGAGAUGACACGCAAGGUGAUCGAAAAGGAGGAAAUGCAAAAUGUCUCCGGAAGCAAUAGUGAAGGUGGUGGAGGAGUUGGUGCAAACGACCCUGGUGGAAGUCUACUGCUGGAAGAAGGUUCUUUAACUGAGCACCAUCGAAAGGGGCAACUGAAAAGCACACUUUCUCAGGAGGAAAGUAACAGUAGUGAAGAACAUCCACCAUUGCACUCGCAGCACCGUUCACAUUCGAUUGGAGCGGGCUCGCACGUCGGGUUGCCCAGUCAUCAUUCGUUAUCGAACACUACGUCCAUCAAUUCUUUAGCGAACGACGGUAAUUUACACGUAACGGAUUCGCUAGACAUGAAGAUCGACUGUUUGUUACGAGACUGGCAACACAGCCCGGACCUGCUGUUUUCCAUUCAUCCAAUUGACGGCAGCUAUCUUAUUUGGGUGGUAGAGUGGUUGGACGAGUAUCAUCCUGGUUCGUACCGCCAGGCACAGGUUUCAUUUUCCACCCGCAUUCCGUCGGCUUUCCCGCUGGGCGAUGCUAUGUCGAUGUCGACGACUGUUGCGCUGUACAACACUGGCGGAAAUCUAGGUUUCCGUGAUAUGAUCAUGCGCGGUCCCAAAUCUUCGUGUUCUACCGGUGGACAAAACAUGGUCGGCGCACAAUUAGAUGUCAUUAGUGAUUGUGUAACGUCUCUUCCGAGCGUUAUGGAGGAGAAUGAAGCUAACGAAGAAGAUAAUGCUGAACAAGCGAGCAAUGCGGAAACCAAAGAUCCCGGUGGUGAAGGAACAGGUGAUCAUACAUCCAAAAAAGACCACGCAGCAGGAGCAGAAGGUGGUCCACUGGAGCAAGCCGACAUUCUAACUGCACCACCCUCACCCACCAUCUCAAUGGUAACAAAACAUUCAAAUGGAACACUUAAUCUGUGGCAAUUAACAUUUGCCGAUCGAAGCAAGUUUUCGCAAGUGCUCAGUAUCGGUCACGCCUCACGCGCCUCCGGACAUCGGUUCCGCGUAAAUGAUAUAACGUGUCAUCCAGUACUGCCGCUGCUGCUAACUACGUCCCAUCACAAUCUACCGGACAUCCCGGCUGGUGACAAACCACAGUCCGGUAACGGCAUUGAUAAUCGUUCCUUGGGAAUGCAUCGCUCAAAGGAUGUAUGUGCUCCAUCUGGAUUCUGCUCCGAGCUGAUAUUGUGGCGGGUGGAUGCUGUUGGACCGUUGUCGCAGUCCGGAGGUGUUAGCGAGCUGGCUCGCAUUAAUUCGCCAGAAAUUUCCGCUUUCAGUAACGUUGCAUGGAUACCGACUUUACUGCCCAGUACGACGCUUGGCAAUCUUAGCAACUCUCCAUCUGCCUGCUUCGUCGCAAGUGACGGUGAAUGUCUACGGGUGUAUCAGGCGGUCAUUGACGCACGCACAUUACUGGCGGAGAUAUCAAGCUCCGAACGACGGUGUCGAAGAAUGGACUCGUUGAUGUCACUAUCUACCGAGUCGUCGGAGAAUGCAGGAAUGUUGCCACCUAUAUUACACGAUAAGAUUAAAAUCGUGUCUCAGCAAUCCACCGCACGUCCUGGUUGCAUUAUUCAGCUCGAUGCGAUCGAUGACGCAACACACGAUUGGCAGAAUACACAAUUUUUGCACGUGUUUCAGGAACAAUUGAUCACGGGAGAACGAACGGAACCUUCUAUAGAUCCCUUCGACCUUAAACCUACUAUCGGCCUGAUGGAUGGCGGUAUGGGAGCAAUGGUGGAUUUGCAGCGCAACUCUCAGUUUGAGCAACCGUUCUAUCUGGUAGUGUUGGAACGUACUCAAAAUGGCACCACUUUGCACAUGUGGCGUAUUGUAAUCGCUUCCCAGCCUGCUGCCUCCGACGAAAUGAGUAGCAGUAUGAUGUACGUACCCGAUAGCAACCUUGUGCAGGAUUUGGAUGAUCCGGAGAAUGUUCACCGCCCAUCAGUUGUGCCAGAGGAUAUACCCAAGAGUUCUGCCCAUAAUCGUGCUCCGUUGGAUCAUGCCUCACAUGUAAAUAUAUCCACGACUAAAGUGUGCACGCAAGAGCUACCGCUUCCGGAUGGAGUGGAUGUGAUUCAUGCUGCACCAGCUGCCGGUCAUUUAAGUUCUUCUUCAAUUUAUCCUGCCUGCUUUGCACCUUAUAUAAUCGUUACGGCGUGUUCUGAUUCAACGGUGCGCUUUUGGAAGUGUAAAAGCAUCCAGCGUAAAGAAGGCAAACUUGGUAGUGAAGAUGGUAGUAAUCAAGUCCCUCGGUACGAGUGGUGCGAGUGGGAAAUGAUCCGCAAGGAUCAAGAAUCGACAAUCGAUGUAAGUGGACAACUGUUGCAUAUUAGUGCGGCGUACUCGGGACGAAUAGCUUGCGCAUACAAGUACGGUAAAUCCUUUACUCGGCCCACGAAGAGCAGCGAUCCAGAGACACGUUUCGUGAACUUGAGUGUGGCUAUUUAUGAGUGCGAGUCGACUGGUGGUAGUGAAUGGGUUCUAGAAGAUACAAUACACCUGAAAAAUAUUCACCUUCCACGCAUACAGGCGGAUCAUAACUUGGAUUUAAGCUACCUGUAUGACACACGUACGCUUCAGAAAAAGCAACGGCUAAAUCAAGUGCUUCAUACGCUCUCACACGACGAUGCUAGAUCUCCGCGCUCUGUGAAUGGAGAUGUAACGCCUGAGGCUCUAGCAAAACCGGGAACGGGCCUGUUGGCUGUCCCAAGCUUCAGCACUCUGCAAUCAUUGCGUAAAAGCAUCACUGAGCAUGGCAACACAUGCCCUAUUACGCAGAAACAUCUGGUACAGUUGGACUGGGUAUCCAAGGAAGAUGGUUCACACAUUCUUACCGUUGCGGUCGGUAGUAAAAUCCUUCUGUUCACGCCUGUGUGUAGCGAUUUGGCACAGUCUAACAUGAAAGCGAUGAAAGAAUCCCAAUCAACGAACCGUCCUCUGCUACGUAAAGCUAGCUCGUUGGCGCAACCACAUUUUAAUGACGAAAUUCGCUGGAUGAAACUGCGCCAAAUAGAGCUUACUACAGCCGAUGGUUUACCACCAUUGCCGAUGCAGAUCUCCUGGGUAAGGGACGGCAUAUUCGUGGCUGGAAUGGACUCCGAGAUGCAUGUGUACUCACAGUGGAAGCCACAGAGCAAUAGUUUGUACAACGUGAAUCACCAGCUAGACAUUGACGAUAUGUAUGAUACGCGUAACUUAAAGGAUGAAGAUCUUCGCUCGAUGGCGCAGGAUAGCACCCAACGUCGGCUAGCAAAUGUGUCCUCAAUGCCCGUACUAUCACGCGUUAGCUCCAUCAAUCUUAAUCAGAUGCUUUCGUCUGCUGACGCUAACAAGAAGAAAAAACCUCUUGGUGCGGCAAGCACCGGACAGAUUGGAGCCGUGGCAGCUGCCGCAAUGGCUGCCGAUCAACAGCAAUCUCCUGGGCAUCACGAUUACAUGACCGAUUAUGGAUUAUUCGAGGCUUCCCGGAUUGCCUGCCCGGUACUUCCACAGUAUCACCCUAAACAGUUGAUGGAACUGUUGAACUCUGGUAAAAUCCGCUGGGUGAAGGCGAUUCUAGCACAUCUCGUCCGUUGCAUCAGUGGUUCGUAUACCGUGCGCGGUUGUGGAGGAGACGAAGAAAGUCUUAACCGACAGCGUGGUUGGUCUAGAACUCGCACUCUUUCCAUUAGCUGUCCGGCAGGCACCGUUAGUCCUCUUGAACCAAGAGGAUCGACGACACAGAUCCCAGAGGAACUUACGCUUGACUAUGCGGAAAUCACAUCUAUUCCUCCCUUGCCGUUGUGGACUCUUCUUGCUGCAGAUAAGGAAUCGACUAGUAGUAAUUUGCAGCAAAAUGACGAAGAUUACAAUGAACUAUUCGAAAGCAACACGGCAGACGAAUCGCUCGAUGACUUGUUAGAUGAUGAGAGCGGUGGUGGCGAAAUGAACCGACAUACUGACCGAAGAUCGUCGCUUCCGGAAAAACAUUACCUCUCGCAUUUUGGACCCCGUCAAGGACAGCUACUUUCGCGUCUACUGACGCACACUCAUCUCCCAGGACUUUCGUCAUUGGAUCAGAUGCACUUACUUGCGUUAGCCGAUACGGUGUCGACAUGCAAUAUAGACUUCGCCGAGCGUUUUGCUAUCGAUGCAGCCAAAACGGCAAUAGCGAAAGAAAAUUUGACCGGUGUACCAAAUACGGAAAAUGUUUCAACCGAUUCAUUAGAUGACUGUGGGCUGCGAUUCCUGCUGGCAAUGAAGCACUAUAACUAUUUGCUGCGUUGUCUUCCCAUUUCACAACGCCACUCGUUCCAGAAGCAGGGUGUCGGUACGUCGAAUAUCGUGUGGGCAUUCCAUUCGGAGAGCGAGGAAGAGCUGCUUAAUCUGAUACCGUCGUAUGUGAAAGGGCAACCAAAGUGGCACGUGCUGAAAGAGCUUGGUGUUGGAUGGUGGCUUCGCAAUAACAACUUACUUCGCCAAUGCAUCGAGCGCCUGGCAAAGGCAUCGUUCCAGGCAAAUCAGGAUCCGCUUGAUGCGGCGAUCUACUACAUGGCGAUGAAGAAAAAGUCAGUUGUUUGGGGGUUAUAUCGGUCGAAAAAAGACGAAAAGAUGACGUCGUUCUUCGCAAACAAUUUCUCUGAGGAUCGCUGGCGGAAAGCGGCAUUGAAAAACGCGUUUGCACUGCUGGGAAAACAGCGUUUUGAGCACGCCGUUGCCUUCUUCCUUCUUGCAAACUCGCUAAAUGACGCACUAGAAGUUUGUUUGACAAAGCUGGAAGAUUUGCAACUAGCCCUGGUUAUUACAAGAUUGUACGAAGGAGAGCACGAUCCGACACCACCUAGCUUCAAGAAACUGCUGUACGAGGAGGUGUUGGGUUGCGAUAAAAAUGGUGAAAAUCAGGACCUUAGCCGUGCUCACCCAGAUCCGUUCCUUCGUUCCAUGGCACUGUGGAUUUUGAAAGACUAUACGGGUAGUUUGAGUACGUUGUUGGACAGUCAGAUUGGUAGCAUGCAUCCUCUAUUCGAUGACGAAAGUGCCGCCCUCGGUAAUGUAUCCCAUCAUGACGCUAGUCACUCAACGAACCCCAAUGUGUUCAAUUUUUACGUGUACUUGCGCACACAUCCACUGCUCAUAAGGCAACACAUUGCCUCGUCAGCACAGGACAAGAAGCGAGCACAAGUCGUGAUUGCCGGUUUCAGCUAUGGUGCUGCUGACACUAGCACAACUUCCGGUGGACUAACGACGGACAAACAAAUUCAGUUAGAGGACUCCAUUACCCCACUCGAACGACAACUUUAUUUUACCACUGCACAUGCGCACUUCAAAGCGGGAUGCCCAGCCUUGGCGCUGGAAGUGUUGAGUAAACUGCCGACCAAGGUAAUCGAUCAAGAAACGAGCAACGCGCAAAGCCCAGCUAGUGGACCGGAUAUAAAAAUACAGGAUCAAAGUACGCUCAUUGCAACGGGUACUUUAGAUUGGAGUAGCCAAACCAGUGGUAAAGAAACAGCCACAUCUACGACCAUGGACUGGGGCGCACCAGUGUCCUCUCAAGUAAACGGAGAAGAUGAUUUUAAGAUCGUAUGGGACGACGAUGGUGCAGCAGCGGAAGAUGAAAGUAGUGAUGACGAUGGAGGUAUACAGAUAAAGAAAAAAUCGGAACCAGAGAGCCUUCCGCUCAAUAAAAAUGCUGAAACAGCAUUAGGAGACGAGGAAUCCGUUACCGGUGGAAGCCUAGACAUAAUGGCCCAGCAGUUAAAGUUUAUUGCAUGUUUAAAGAUUCUUAUGGAGGAGCUAUCGACACUUGCCACGGGCUUCGAAGUCGACGGAGGUCAGCUACGAUAUCAACUAUACGUAUGGUUAGAGCGUGAGGUGGAAGCUUUGAAGCAACUGUGCAAUUAUAGCACCGGUGACUCGGAAAAUACCGCCAUUGAGGAUACCACGACGGCUGAGGCAGUGGAUCGCGAUACACCCGUACUGGCGAACAAAUUCCCACACGAUAAACCGACGUUACAUGAAAUUCUAAUUCAGGAGAAGCAAGAUUUCGAAGCCAAAGUGCAAAGAGCAGCAAGACGCAAACGGUGGUUAAAGGCCAACGAAACACUGCUUCGUACUUUGCUAAGCUACUGUUCAUUGCACGGCGCUAGUGGAGGUGGUUUGGCGUCCGUACGCAUGGAAUUAGUGCUGUUGUUGCAAGAGUUGCAACAAGAAAAAACGCAACAGCAGUUGCUGAGUCCGUUACCGUUCCCGACUACUUUGCCACUGUUGAGUGCUUGCGUUGCUGGUAACAAAACAGUGAUCGCAGACCCACUACGCUAUCUGCAAUCGCACACGCACGACAUGCUGCAAACGAUGGUUAACAUGCGUACACCGCCGCAUAUGAACCGUGCGUACACGUUCCCGAGUGGUAUCUUCGUCCUGCGUGACCUUGCUGUGGCGCUUUCGGCCUGCAUCUACCAGUCUCUGUGCGACUCGGACACGUUCAGUGUGAAGCAGUCAUCCUCGUCAAUCGACGGUGGCAGUCAGGGUUGCCACAGUCCUGGCAUGGAGACUAUCGCAAAACUAAACGCGAGUUGCCAGAGUACGCAUUUGAUGGCUAACGCGGCUGCUCACCAGCGACGCCGCAAGUACUCAACCGAUGAACCACUGGCAGUCAGUACACCGCCCUCCAAAUGGCCCGGUGUGACCAAUCUGCGAGCGUUGCUGGCACGAGAGAAGGACGAAGAUACUCCACGGUUAAAUGUACUGCUGUGCGAAUCAUUCGUGGCCGCAUACAUGGCCUUGUUCGUGUACGCUCUGACCACUUGCGACAGUCAUAUUCUGUAUCGCCUAGCCGGGCAGAACUUCUCCGACAGCUCCUGGUCGACAUUGUUCGGCGGUGGUGUAAAGAAGUUGUUGCGUAAGGCUACCUCGCAUGCACAAACAGCGCAAGCAGUACAAGCACAGCUGCAGCAGGAAAGCAUGGAGGCCGCGGGCGAGACAGGAACCAGUGCAGAAGGUAGCGUUUGGGGAGCGGUAACAUCGCUGACCAAGCACCGUGUGAAGCUAAACAUGAAAUUGCUGGGACCGUUCGCCGGCCCACAGGGUGCGUCCAACAUGAAGGAAGACAAACCAACCUACCGGGAACAGUUUGUACCACCAGAAAUGUCCAUGGUGUCAUACUUCCUCACAAAACCAAUUCCGAAGGGCCUGGGAACGGACGAAGAGGAGUACGAUUCGGCAGAUUCCGCAGUGUCUGAUCUAGAUGAUGAAGACGAGGACGAAGAUGUGUUCAACGAUCCGCUGAACAAUGAUCCCAAAGCUUCACAAGUAUCGGCUGCCGUCAGAAGACAUCGACUCGAAAACACUGAACACUCCAAUCCGAAUUCCUAUUCUUGGUGUAUUAUGCGUUACGCUUUAAUCCGCGUGGCGCAGAAUCAAUUGCAGUCGUACAUUGCUAUCGCUGGGAUUGAAAUGCAAGAGCUUCCUGUCAGCAGUCCAUUAGUGCAUGGGAUAUUGCGAACACUGUCAUCAUGGCAAGAUCUGCUCAAAGAGGAGUUAGAAAACCGUGGCCCCGCAUCAGUUGAUUACAUUCCAGGGUGCUUCAUUGAAACCGAAGCGAAAGGCCCAGCGAUUCACAAGUAUCGUUCACUACUUGAACGUUCAAAUACCCCAUUCAGCCCUUGUUUAUCUGCAUCAGCACCGGCUAGACGGCUAUGGAACUAUUUGGUGCGCAUUGAAUCCGUGCAGGAAAUUUUCAUUCGGGCUGUGUUUGGCAAGAAAAAAUCGACUGCUAACGCGUUCGAAUCUACUAUGGGUGGUGGAUCGGCUUCAGCUUCGAUCAACGAUUCCGGAACACCAAUCGGUCAUGAAAAUAAUGGAAACGUAGCUGGACCUCACCAGCAACAUAAUCAAAACAUUCCAGAACCAGUACGGAUCAUACACAAGGACCAAGAACAAAUAUCUGCCUUCUGCCUCAAUAUGGUAAAUCCUGGUUUGCUCGCACUUGCAACACCGAGAGAAGUGCAAGAAAUGGAUAUAUCACUACUCCUUGAAUCGCCCAAUUGGAUGGAAGACGAGUGUGAGAUGGACAUUAUGAACCUGUCCAAGGAUAUAGAAUCACUUGCUUCAAGCAGUUUCUUGGUCAUACAAACUUCAACAGAUAAACAUCUGCUUAACCAAAACAUCAGCAGUGCUCAAAACUACGGGGCCCCUUCAAGUCCUCAACCUGGAAUUGCUGGACAAUCAGGCCGUGGAGCAUCAGUGGUGCUGAAACAUAAAGUGGAUAAUAUUAAACGUAUGAGUGCACAUCCGUUGAUGCCAUUGUAUCUUACUGGCGGACAGGACGGUUCGGUACAGAUGUGGGAAUGGGGCCACCAACAAGUUGUGUGUACACCGCGUUCGCCGGGGACGUUCGCAAAAGUUACUCGCUGUCGGUUUUCACAGCACGGCAAUAAGUUCGGUAUUGCAGAUGGUGAUGGCAACCUAAGCCUCUGGCAAGUGGGUCUUGCAAGCCAAAGCAAUCGUCCCUUCUUCACGUAUCAAUGCCAUAAUAAAGGAAUCACAGAUUUCGUAUUUCUCGGAUCAUGCAGUUUGGUGGCAACGGCUGGUCACAGUUCGGAAAGCAAAAACGUAGCUAUAUGGGAUACACUUUUGCCGCAAAAGAAAGCUCUGGUAGCCGCCUUUACAUGUCACGAUCAAGGUGCUUCUAGUCUAGCGUAUGCACCUCAGCAUCAGUUACUUAUUUCAGCUGGCAAGAAAGGUGAUGUUAGCAUUUUUGAUGUUCGUCAACGUAUUCUACGACACCGGUUCCAGGCACAUGACCAUCCAAUUAAAUGCUUGGCAAUUGAUCCAAAUGAGGAACAAUUUGUAACCGGCUCGGCUGAUGGUGAUAUUAAGGUUUGGGGUCUAUCAGUCCAUACCCAGCUGUACAGUUUCAUGGGAGAGCAUGCCCGGAGCAGCUUUUUCAAGCACAUUGGCCAGGGCGUUACUCAGCUGCAAAUAGACCAAGGAGGACGAUUAUUUUCCUGUGGCGCAGAUGGUUCGAUGAAAGUGCGACAGCUACCUGAUCGUGAAUCGAUUGUUCAUUCGUUGUAUUAA